UCGCAGAUUUUAUAGUAACAAACACGUUGGCUCGUACGCAAUCAUUCGUUUACUUUUGUUGGAAAAUAUCAUCUGAAAACACUGAACUGAAGAAAAAUGGGUUCGGUGGCAAAGAAGGGAUUGCAGAAAUACUUGUUACAGCUUCAACAUCACCCUUUGAGAACCAAGGCAAUUACGGCUGCGGUUUUGUCAGGGAUUAGUGACACUGUUUCUCAGAAGCUUUCUGGAAUACCCAAACUUCAGCUGAGACGGAUUCUUCUCAAAAUGCUCUUUGGAUUUGCUUAUCUUGGGCCAUUUGGUCAUUACAUGUAUAUGCUACUGGAUAAAAUCUUCAAGGGGAAGAGAGACUCCAAAACUGUUGCCAAGAAGGUGGUGCUGGAACAGUUGACAACUUCUCCUUGCAACAACUUGCUUUUCAUGAUUUACUAUGGGGUGGUUGUUGAGGGAAGACCCUGGAUGCAUGUGAAAACUAGGAUCAAGCAGGAGUAUCCGAAAGUACAGAUGACUGCAUGGACGUUCUGGCCUGUUGUGGGAUGGAUAAAUCACCAGUACGUGCCGUUGCAGUUCCGUGUCAUUUUUAGUAGCCUCGUUGCAUUUUGCUGGGGAAUAUUUCUGAACCUACGGGCAAGAGCUAUGACAUUGCCCAAGACUGCAUUGCCAAAGAGUAACUGAAUAAUUGAAAACCUGCGAUUCAUUUGGAUCUGUUUAAUUAUAGCAUAUCAAAAUUCCAUAUCAUAGACUCAUUUUAAGUAGUUUGAAGCUUGUUUUAUGCAACCAUGAAUUAAUUAUUAAUGUUUUAUCUUACCUGGAGUGUUUCAUUAUUA